UCCGUUUUCAGAUUCAAAUUUGUCGCGAGCUACGAAUGCGGAGAUCGACAGUCGUGUCCAAGUACAGAAAAGGAAAUCGACUGCCUGUCGGAUUAUUAUUCCAAGCAUGCCGCUCGGACGUUCAUUCCUUCUCAACACAUUCCACGAUACGAGGUGGUGCCAGUCGAAGACGACGCUUCUUUCCGAACGUGCAAGUGCGACGCGAAUGGGACUUGCGAAACAAUAAAUCUCGCAUGAGGUGUCUAGUCACUCUGCGCACGAAGUGCAAGCUGAUUGGUUUGAUGAAGACCUGCUCAAAGUUCCGGAAUGAUCAGGAGACAGAGAUCCUCACGUUGUUGUCAGGGCUUUAUCCACGCCGCAACUUUACCCGAUGAUGAGACGUAAGCAAACUUUAGGAAGACAUAUUGCGUGUGAGUAGAGAAUGACAGGUGGAAAGGUAGUUGAGUGGUAUAUGACGUGCGGCUGAUGUUAUAUGAAGAGACGAAUGGUUGCUAUUUAUAUCGAAUUAGUACUCCCUUAUUAAACUUUCAUUCUAUUGCAUAUUAAUAUAAUAAUAAUCGCUUGUUCUACCUC